GCGCGCAACAAGGUGAAUCGGCAAAAUUGGAGAUAUGUGGUCCGUGUGCACGAUCCGCGGGCGUGGUAGAGCCGGCCAGGCUCUAGUUUGUAGCAUUGUUACGUCCAUACUCGCCAUUCUACUGCAACCAGUAAAUGCCACCCAAUACCGAGUGGAUAUGAAAACGUCGGUAGUCUAUGGGCCAAAUACGACGGUAAAUAUCGUCGCCGUUCUAUACACGGACGGAGCGUUGGUCAAAGAUGAUUACAUUGUCUAUUGGCGCGACAACACACCGCUGCAGCACCGGAUAGAUGACAUCAGCUCGCAGGUUCCCCGUUUUAAUUGGACCAUUUCGUUCCCUCAUUCGGUCCCGUCCGGUACGUACGAAGCUACCGUAACGGUGAAGAAACUAUGGGUGUUUGUUCCGUUAGAUUGUGCCAAGGGAUCUGUAAAGUUUAACCUGACCAGUAUACUUAGCGGGGAGCUGCAGUUGUCGCAGAACGACACGCUCGUUAAUAGCACGUACAUAGCGAGCACCUUGCCGCUCAACCAGAGCGUUAGCGUUCUGGAACGGGACCGUGUAGCGCUCGAGGAGGCCGCAUACGUGCGAACGUUUUGGUUCAUCAACUGCCAGUACAUCGGUACAUCGAGCGAACUUUCCACAUUGGGAAACUACACGAAGGAGAACGAAACAUACACCAUCGAGGCAUUGGUCGUAGCAUCCUUUGAGAAGCUUCCCGACCCAACAACCACAACCACGACCACCACCACCACCACGCCAGCCACAACAACGACAACAACAUCUACAACACCACCAACAACAACAACUACUACAUCAACAACCCCGCCCACUACGACCAGUACAAGUUCCACAUCAACAACCACAUCGACUCCGAAACCCAAAGAAUUAUCGUCAACGGAAGCAACUCCAGGCAGUUCCGGUCAACCACUGCCGACCGGAGGACAGCGCAGUAGGCGUGAUGCGAAUCCUUCGCUUAGGCUGGACUCGAGCGCGGAAGACGUAUUGUCACUAAAAGGCAUAAGCCCAGCGUUGCUCGGGAUGAUAGACAGUAAGAACAUUGUGCGGCCGGAUGGCUCCAAGGAAUUGCCUACAGACGAGCAAUCGACGGACAGUUUGCAAGUGGCAAGGCUAGAAAAGAAAUCCAACACAAAGUUCUUCCUGGAUGAUGCGAAACAGCCGUUCGUUUGUGGCAACAGUUCGAUGGUCCCGCCAGAUCCCGCCAAAGUGUACGGCCACUUUCAGCGAACCGUCGUCGUACAGAAUCCAAUCGCUCGUUUCAACGUGUCGGGCCAGCAGUGGGUUAAGCAAGGCCAACCGGUUGACCUUGUGUUUCAGUGCAGUGGUUCACCACCGUUUGAGUUUUGUGUCAACUUCAUGCCAAGCGCCCACAAUAUGACAGGCAACGAAACGUGUGAUCACGGAUGGGAACCGGCAAUAGAUGGCAUUUGUCGGUAUAAAUUUCAUCGGUUUUUCUUUGACAAAAAGCUCGGUUCGAUCGUGUUUUUUGUGCGUAAUCGCAUUUCCAACUACAUAACCCAAGUCGGCAUCCAGUUCUACGAGAAUCAGCCGAAGUCGCAGCUCUCGGUAAUAAUCGUACCGAUCGGGUUCUGUCUGCUCGCCGUUACGCUGGUGGUGUUUGGUGUGGCGUACUACAUUCAGAACCGUGACCGGUUCAUCGUGGAGGUGGCAGACUUCAACUUUGGUGACACGAGUUCGCUGGACGACGACAUGGAGUAUAAAACGUUCCACCAACGGCUGGUGGACAGUUUGCGGGACUCGGUCAGAGUACCGCGCUUCAACUUCCGCCGGUCCAGUGCGCACGACGUAGACGAUGUGUCGCCCAGUGGAGGGCCGGACGGCGAUUCUUCGUUGCGUUACGGAUCGAUGACCUAAGGAAGACCGGUAAAGAAAAGGUAGGUGUUGGUCGGUCUGUACAUUUUCCUUUGCUCACGAAGCUCGCCGAAUGCUGACGGGUUGAAGAACUAAGAAACACAAAAAGAAAUCAUCAAGUCAAUUCGCGUAGAGCACGUUCCAUGAGCAAUUUAGGCCAAAAGAUACUGGGAAGCUAGAUAAUCGAAACGUUGUUGCUGAUAAUGCUGCGGAAUGAUACCACAAAUUGCUGAUAUUUUCAGAAAAGAAUAUAAAGUAGAACUUCCCGGACGGGUACACGAAACGAAAAUGCACAUGUUGUGUCCCCGAUGAACAGAUUGUGUUUCGUUUGCAACAAAAAACAGAUUCUGCAGGUCUCGUUUGCGGUUCCGACACCGGUUGCGGAAUCGGGUUUACCAAGAGCAGAGAUUGAAAACAAACAUGAUCUUUACGUAGUUACAUGAGAACAGUUCCCGGAACUGGGUCGAAACAGCACAGUUGCAACUAAACCGUGCUUUGUUAUAUUGCGCAACCUCACGCGUUGCUAUUGGCACAAAAAAUGAAAAAUCAAAAUUCAAAAGACUGUACAAUUAUUCGCUAUUCCACCUCCGUAUCGGCCAGUUUGAUUACUUUCCAUUGGAUGCAUUUUUUGCUUCAGCAAGUUAUCGAUCAUAAUAUAUGUAUGUAAGGAUUAGCUUUUCGGUUCGUUAUCUUCGAACAUACAUUAGCCUAAACAAUUCCCUUCUUUAACACCCUGAUACGUAUUUUGCACAGUAAUGAUACGUUUGGCAAAUGCCACGUUUGGCAAUGACCGCAAGCAUCAGAUUGAGAGAAUGUUGGGGUGUGACACUCGAUUAAGCAGUAAUUUUGUAAAACGAUACUAUCAUGUGAUACUGAUAUCUACGGUUUAUUUUACGUGUAGAGUGUAAGUCACAAGAAAAACUAAAAAGAUUAACCGGGCAAACCGUCCCCGAAUGCCUGGAGUGGAGCCUGAACUGCCAAGGGAAGUUUGCCCAAGCUAUAACGCUUUAGAACGCGCGGCGUACUUUUGGUAAUAUCUUCCUUUGCCGUUUCACUCCCACAACGCAUAGAUACCCGCAACGCAACGUAUGAUAGAUUCCGGGGAAGUCAAGCCUUCACCCGAGUAUAGGUCACGUAUUUGUACUCUGUCGUAACGGAUCAUAUAAACGGCUCGAAUAUUAACACGGAAGGGAUCUUGGCUUAAGUCAGUAAAGCAAAACAGAUAGUCAUAUUAGGAUUUAAAUUGAGUCUAUAAACAAAAGGCGCCAACUCUGAGUCAUUUUAUAGGAGGUUUCGGAAACGUGAGCUGGAUAAAGGGGCGGAAAAUAUCAUAAAAGGAACUUCGAUACACGAUGGAACGCUGGAUUUGGUUCUCAAAAUGUUUCUUCUUAUGUUCGUAUAUCAGAGAUCCUAUUGGCACAACCAAGCAACAAGUGUUAUCAGAAGUACAGAACAGUCUAGCGUAAAAAGGAAAUAGAUUUACAGGUUGGGGUUAUCAUUUGCGUAUCGUUUUUAAAUGAUGAACAUUAGCGGACGGUAUCAUAAAUUUUCUUGCGUUAUGUUGACGACUCGCGAAAGCUAUCUUCGUCAUUAGCAACCUUGGUAAUCGAUUGCUGUCAACUGAAACCUCGGAAAAUCCGGAUCAAAAC